AGUCCAGCCCAUAAUGAAGGUCUUGGCGGCAGGAGUUGUGCCCCUGCUGCUGGUUCUGCACUGGAAACAUGGAGCGGGGAGCCCUCUUCCCAUCACCCCUGUCAAUGCCACCUGUGCCACACGCCACCCAUGUCACAGCAACCUCAUGAACCAGAUCAAGAACCAGCUGGCGCAGCUCAACAGCAGUGCCAAAGCCCUCUUUAUUCUCUAUUACACGGCCCAGGGGGAGCCGUUCCCCAACAACCUGGACAAGCUGUGCAGCCCCAAUGUGACCGACUUCCCACCCUUCCACGCCAAUGGCACGGAGAGGGCCCGGCUGGUGGAGCUGUACCGCAUCAUCGCAUACCUGGGCGCCUCCCUGGGCAACAUCACGCGGGACCAGAAGGUCCUCAAUCCCAGCGCCCACAGCCUGCACAGCAAGCUGAACGCCACGGUGGACGUCAUGCGGGGCCUCCUCAGCAACGUGCUCUGCCGCCUGUGCAGCAAGUACCACGUGGCCCACGUGGAUGUGGCCUACGGCCCGGACACCUCAGGCAAGGACGUCUUCCAGAAGAAGAAGCUCGGCUGUCAGCUCCUGGGGAAGUAUAAGCAGGUCAUCGCUGUGAUGGCCCAGGCCUUCUAGAUGGGAGGUCUCAUAGCGCACAGUGACCUGAGAUCUUAGACUUAGGUGGCUCUCAAACUGUGGCUGGGGCCCAGAGCAGUGCCAAAGCCAAGUGGCGGCUGCUCACAGACCCCGAGGGGUUCCUGGCCAGUCUACUCCCCUCCAGGGUGGGCUGUGAUGAAGCCAAGCAGAGCCAAAACUCCCAGAGGGAAAACCUAUAUAUGGCACCAACUAGAAGAAGGCACCCCUUCUUCUGGGAGACUGCAGCCAGGCACCCGGUGUCGGGCUGGAUUUCGGCCCCUUCUCAUCCCCUCAGCCAGGGUCUUCGUGAGCAAACCACACAAGUUGCCUCCGGCGACCCUGACCAUGGGGCAAGACAGCAGGGGUCGGGGGCAUUGCCUGGCCCCCAGCAGAAUGACGACUAUCAGUGCCUUCGCUGCCCCUUCGGUAGACCUUGAAAGGUCUGGUUGGAACUCAGGCAGCCCAGAGGGGCUGGGAUCCUGAAGGAUCCUUGGCCCCUACAAGUAUGGUGAGUGGAAGGCUAGAAAGGGAGCUCUGGUUUGAGAUGCUGCCUUGUCUUGGGCGUGAUUGGAGAGCUCAGGCCUAGGACUGUCAGGUGGAAGGUUCCAGAAGGAGGUCGCUGGCCUUCAGGCUCCUGGGGAGGCAGAGAGGCCACCUUCAGGCCUGGGAAGGAAGAG